CUUGUGCCGAUCACUUGGUACCCAUCCUCCACAGAUAUAGCCUUGUCCCGCCCUCGCCCUCGCCUGAACCAUUCGUCCAAGCCGGUCUCACCUACUCAGGUCAUAGUCCAUUCUUGCCGACCUUUGUCUAGCCUGAUUUUCUGUCCAACCGUUGCGCUAUCGUACUUGGACAAUCCCCGGGGACCCAUCCAAUCAUCCCCACUUCCAGCUGUCCGCUGCUUUCAAUACUCUUCCAACAUCCUCUGAUCAAUAUUCAAUGCUUGUCCGCCCGUGCACUCACCUGCUUGUCCAUCCUGCUCGCUCAGCUCCGUACCCUGACCCAUAUUACGAAGGUGUCCCCCCCAUAUCACUCCUAUGCUGUACGGCUACUUCCCCUGACAGCCGAAACUUUACGUGCCACCAUACGUCAACCCUCCAAGCCUCCCAGGGUACUUGAACCAUAUCGGUCGCCACAGAGGUCUACCAUCAAACCAACCGUCAAUUCAUCCAGACCUUCAACAUGUCAGAAUCUGGCAGUGAGGCAACCAAAGCCGACAAGAAGAGAGAAUACAACCGAAAUGCUCAACGAGUCUUCCGUCAAAGGCGGAAAGAACAUCUUAGCAAACUUGAAGCCGCCCAACGCGAAGCAAGUACCUCUCAGAACGACGAAGUCGAACGAUUGCGCCGGGAGAACUUUGCUCUCGCUCAAGAGAAUGAAUCGUUAAAAGCAGCCUACGGCUCUCAGUCAAGUUCGCCAGGACCUUCGAUCAGUCCUACAGAAGUCCGAGGAUCGCCAGCUGGGUAUAUAACCUAUGCAACUGCUCAAACCCCCUUUGCUCCGACUGUGGGCACUCCAUUCAUGCCAACUACCAUGUCAAUGGCACUUUCAUCUUCCAUCCCCACCCCUUUAUCCUCGACGCCACUCUCCAGCACCACUACAGACCCAUCUAGUCUCGUGGUAGUGGUCCCGAACAACAUCCGUGAGAUUCGUCGUUCUCUCCAUAACAUGUUUGCUCCACUCCUCGACAUUCCCGUCAUCUCAAACCCUCAGACUCACCUCGCAACUCUGGCCGCUUUGGCGCCGACUUUACCAAACGUCCUGAAGCCAACACACGUCCAGUUGACUACUCCUCACCAUGCCUACAUCGACAUGAUCCCAUCGCCCCUCCUCAGAGACCGUUUGAUCGCCGUGGGACCAGAACACGCGAACUCCUUUUUAACAGAAGUGUGCACCAUCGCAUGCGACAUUGAAGACACAGGACAAAUGACAAUCUGGGGAGAGGACUGGCUCAACGAAUUUUCUUGGGAAUUUUCUGCCCCAGUUCUUGAGAGAUGGCGAGGUUGGCUCCUGACCCUCGAAUGGGGUCAAAGAGCAAACUUCUGGCGACGUCAACGAGGAGCAGCUAUUUUACACGGCUAUGAUUAAAUACACGACUUGAACGUGCCGACCAAUAAACCUGCAUCACGACGCAUCUCUGUACAUUCUGUCGUGGAAAUGGACAGGUGCUCAGCAUGCUACAACGAGAAACGGACAAUAUGAAACACCAGAGAAGGACGAUUUAAUAUUUCUUUUCCACAAAGUGCGUGUGUCGAACUCGCCAUUCAGCGGAAACUGGGCAUGGACGGAGUUGUGUGGCCUGAAAACGGGUCACAAAGUUACAUCUCCUAUGGAAUCUGUGCAGCAUUUGGCCAGAUCAGAUGCUAGAGCUUGAGACAAGGCGCUGGCAGCCAUGUUUAAGUCGUUUUAUUAUAUAUCUUUUGGGCCAUUUCCUGGCCGUGUCAUAAUACACCUUUGUUCAAAAUAUGUUCAUCAC